ACACACCCUUAGUAUGAUUAUGACUAGAAUUGUGAUUCUUGAAUUCCCCAAAAACUGCAAGUAAAAGCAGCAAAAAGUAGUAGAUAUUUUUUCCAAGAACUCAACACUUUUCAUCAUUUCAAUGGAUUUCUUGAAAUGGGUUCUUGCCAUUUACACUCUAUUCACAUUUUUAGCAACACCCAUUUUAUCAAUACAUGAAAAUCCUGAGUUGGGGUUUGAGGAAUUUAAGACUAGUAAGCUUAUUAGAAAUGAGCUUGAUAAUAUGGGAAUUUAUUAUAAGUAUCCUGUUGCUGUUACUGUUGUUGUUGGUUAUAUUGGGACUGGAAAACCACUUUUUGUAGCACUUAGAGCUGAUAAGGAUGCUCUUGCUAUACAGGAGGAAGUGGAAUGGGAGCACAAGAGUAAAAUUCCGGGCAAGAUGCAUUCUUGUGGACAUGACGGCCAUGUUGCUAUGCUUUUGGGUGCCGCAAAGAUUCUUCAGGAGCAACGCGAUGAUUUGCAGGGAACUGUACUUUUGGUUUUUCAGCCAGCUGAGGAGGGAGGUGGAGGAGCGAAGAAAAUGCUUGAAUCCGGGAUACUUGACAACGUUGAUGCCAUCUUCGGUCUGCAUGUUUCCGUCAAUAGUCCUAUUGGCACUGUUGCUUCCAGUUCUGGCCCUAUCAUGGCUGGCAGUGGCUUCUUCGAUGCAGUAAUAAAGGGGAAAGGCGGUCAUGCCGCUAUUCCGCAACACACUAUAGAUCCUAUCUUAGCAGCUUCUAACAUUAUAGUUAGUUUGCAACAUCUUGUUUCGCGGGAAGCUGAUCCCUUGGAUUCACAGGUUGUUACGGUUGCAAAGUUCAAAGGUGGUGGUGCAUUUAACGUUAUACCUGACUCUGUCACAAUCGGUGGAACUUUCAGGGCAUACUCAAAAGAAAGUUUCAUGCAACUUAAACAGAGAAUCGUAGAGGUUAUUACACGACAAGCUGUUGUACAAAGGUGCAAUGCAACAGUCGACUUUGAUACCACAAAUAGGCCGUUUUACCCGGUGACAGUAAACAACAAAGCAUUGCAUGAACAUUUCCGAAAUGUAGCUGGACAGAUGCUGGGUAUCGACAAGAUCAUAGAAAAGAAGCCAACGAUGGGUACAGAAGAUUUUUCGUUCUUUGCUGAGGCGUUUCCUGGAUACUUCUACGUACUUGGAAUGGUCGAUGAAACUCAAGGACAAUUUGAGUCAGGACACUCCCCUUUCUACAGAGUCAAUGAAGAUGUACUUCCAUAUGGUGUUGCUUUACAUGCAUCAUUAGCCACAACUUACCUUCUUGAACAUCGGUUAAAAUCAACCACUCAGGAUCAAAGUGUCCAUGACGAGUUGUGAGUUCCUACAACCACCUCGCGGAUGCUAUAGUUUUCAUACACAUCCGUGGUGAAGUAGGUUCCUCUCUGUCUAUUCACUUAGUAUCUUAACUUGUUGGAGCUAAGUUUGGUUGAUCAUCCAAAGAAAAGGCUCUUGCCACCAGUGGCGCUAUUGGUUUGAGUUAUAAAGAAUCUUGGCUGUGUCUCAUAGUUGUUUUCUUUUUUCAAUGCGACUGAUAUAGCCGACCCCAACUUAUUUGGGACCGAGACAGUUGUUAUUGAUAUUGAAUCCCGUAGCUUCUUCAAGGAUAUAAGGUUUUUCUCUGAUCUA